AUGCCGCGUGCGGCGCCGAGCCCGGUGGAUCCCCCGCUGCCCUCCCACCAGCACCAGGCGCUCUUCGCCGCCGUCCGGUCCGGCGACGCGGCCACCGUCCGCGCGCUCCUUGUCGACGCCGAGGCGUCGGGCGCUUCCCUGCCCGCGCUCGCCGGGGAGGCCGCGACGUACGUGGCUGCGGGGGCCGAGCGGGAGGAGGUCGUGCGCCUCAUCCUCUCCCUCUACGAAUUCAAAGCCGCUGCCGUCAGCGCGCGACUGGACCUCGACACCUUCCACCUCGUCGCCAUGCGGGGCUGGGUGAUAGAUAGAGACUGA